ACUCUAUAGUAUAAAUAUUGAUAACGAUAAAGUUAUUCAAUAGCGCAAACAGGAAAGGUGUCAAGAUUAGGUCUUGUAAAAUAAAAUGCAGGCAACCGACUGGCAGUCAGUUCAGUAACAUCAUUCAAAUGAGCUACAAUUCUGCAAUGGAUCUCUCCGGAAAGGUUAUUAUAGUCACAGGAGCAAGUAGUGGAAUCGGGGCUGCCACGGCCACAUAUCUAACCCAACUGGGUGCAAUCGUCGUUUUGACCGGUAGAAACGUCGAAAAUCUCAAUAAAAUUGGUCGCGAAUGUGAAGCCAUUGGGAAACAAAAGCCUCUAAUAAUCGUGGCCGACGUGACAAAAACGGAAGACAACCUCCGGGUGAUUGACGGAACGAUUAAGAAGUUCGGCAGAUUGGACGUGUUGGUCAACAAUGCUGGCAAGGGACAGAAUGGGACCAUCGAAAGUACCAGUCUGGAACAAUUUGACGACAUAAUGGAAACCAACUUGAGAAGCGUCUAUCACCUGACCAAACUGGCCGUGCCUCACCUCAUCAAAAGCAAAGGCAACAUCGUCAACGUGUCCAGCGUGGCGGGGACAAGGUCGUUUGCCAACUCUUUGUCCUAUUGUGUUUCGAAGGCUGCGUUGGAUCAGUUUACGCGAUGUGUCGCGCUAGAGCUUGCGCCGAAGCAAGUCAGAGUCAACUCUGUUAAUCCAGCGGUGAUUGUAACGAACUUCCAGACUCCGCUGGAAGACAAC